AAAUUUGAGACAAAACUCAAAAUGACGGAAGCUGAUGUGGACACUUCUACACUGUGUCUCUUCGACGUGGACGGGACUCUAACAGCGCCAAGACAGAAAGCAACGCCAGAAAUGUCUGAGUUCCUACAGAAACUGAAGACAAGAGUUCGAGUUGGAGUUGUGGGAGGAUCAGACCUGAGCAAAAUCAAGGAGCAGCUCGGAGAAGAUGUUAUCCAAAAGGUGGACUAUGUCUUUGCUGAGAAUGGACUUGUGGCCUAUAAAAAUGGACAGCUACUUUCUGUCCAGUCGAUACAGGCUCAUAUGGGAGAAGAACUGCUCCAAGACUUCAUUAACUUCUGUCUAAACUACAUGGCCAAGAUCAAGCUGCCAAAGAAAAGGGGAACAUUUAUUGAAUUUCGAAACGGGAUGUUGAAUGUUUCUCCCAUCGGCCGCAGCUGCACACAAGAAGAAAGGCAGGAAUUUUUUGAGCUGGACAAGAAAGAAAAGAUCAGAGAGAAGUUUGUUUCUGUGUUGAAAGAAGAGUUCAAAGGAAGAGGACUGUCUUUUUCAAUAGGAGGUCAGAUCAGCUUUGACGUGUUUCCGGACGGCUGGGACAAAAGAUACUGUCUGGGGAUCGUCGAAAAGGACCACUACUCCUCCAUCCACUUCUUUGGAGACAAAACCAAACCUGGUGGAAAUGACUAUGAAAUCUACUCAGAUGAAAGGACCAUCGGCCAUGAAGUCUCCAGUCCAGAGCAAACUAUGCAAAUGUGCCAGCAACUUUUCUUUUCAUAAAAAACUAACCAAACCAAGCCAAAAUGUGAACUUAAUAUAAAUAGGUACUAAACUUGGUCUAAGAGGACUAAAUUAGGGCGAAACUGUCUGGGAGUCCUAAAGUAGGACUAACCGGGGUAUUAAACUAGUAUUCAUGCUGGUCUAAACUGGGAUUAAACUGGGUGUUUAAAUUAAAUGCACAUUAAAUUGAGAAUAAUGUACAUUUUAUUUUAUGAGUGAGGGAUUUUUUUUUGUUAUUUGAAGGUUACUGAACAGAAUACUAAUCAUUGACUGACAGUAAAUUAGGUAAAUGAAGUUAUAUAGUGUAUAAUUUUAAAUAUGCAAAAUAUACUUUCCAGUUUCAUAAUUACUGUUUUUAUAUAGUCUCAAAUACAAAUGAUUUUCUGAUUUUGUACAUUUUUACAUACAUAAAAUGCUUAAUAGUUAAAGUUUAGACCACGUACAUUGUGCAUAGUCUUUUUAAUUCCAAAGUAACUUUUCUGCUUGUUUCCAUGGAGAUGCUUGUUGCUUUGUCUAGAAAUUUCCACAUUAAGGUAUAAAACUUGUCGAUUAAAAAAAAAAAUGCAUUGAAAAACAUGUGGUACUGUAAGAAGGCUCGGCUCCCCACAGAUCUGACCUGUAAGUUCAAUAGUCCAUCUUUAACAUCCUUGUUCAAUUUGAAGAAAAUCACCAUCACUGUAACUUGGCUGUAACGUAAAGGAUUGAAUGUUAUUUCUUAAAGACAACUGUAAUUCUUGUGCUACUGUGAAUUUAAAUUCUAAUAAAAUGAAUUAAAUAAAAUGGAAAGUUAAGC